AUUGGUAUUAAUAAUUAUUGUUCAGUAGGCCAAACGGGACCCACUUCGGCUUUCUUUAUCGACCGUCCACUGGUUGAAUUGCCGUGUCCAAUAUAGCAGCACAAGCACCCUCUCAAUUUCUCAUACCGACCAACACAGCCACUCAUACAAAGUGAAAAACGCACACUCAGCCUAACUUUUUCAGUGUAUAAACUUGGUGAGAUCUCUCAGAUCAAAGCAAAAAUGGUGGAAGGUUCAGCAGAAGGGACGACCCUUUUUUCUCCUUACAAGAUGGGCAAGUUCAGUCUCUCUCACAGGGUGGUGCUAGCGCCCAUGACAAGGUGUAGAGCCUUGAAUGGGAUUCCGCAGCCGGCUCUCGCUGAGUACUACUCCCAGAGGUCAACCAAAGGUGGAUUUCUCAUCACCGAAGGAACUUUGAUCUCCAACACGGCUGCUGGUUUUCCACAUGUCCCCGGGAUUUUCACAGACGAACAGGUGGAGUCAUGGAAGAAGAUUGUGGAUGCGGUUCAUGCUAAAGGGAGUAUCAUUUUCUGCCAACUGUGGCACGUAGGCCGUGCUUCUCAUCAAGUUUAUCAACCUGCUGGGGGUUCUCCUAUAUCAUCUACAAGCACGCCCAUUACAGGAAGGUGGAGAAUUCUCUUGCCUGAUGGAUCCUAUGGUACAUAUCCAAAGCCUCGGGCCCUGGAAACCUAUGAAAUACCACUGGUGGUGGAGCAGUAUUGCCGGGCUGCCAUUAAUGCUAUUAGAGCAGGUUUUGAUGGAAUUGAAAUUCAUGGGGCACAUGGCUACCUUAUAGACCAAUUCUUGAAGGAUGGGAUUAAUGACCGAGUAGAUGAAUAUGGUGGAUCAGUCACAAAUCGGUGCAAAUUUUUAAUGCAAGUGGUUCAAUCAGUAGUUGCAGCCAUUGGUGCUGAUAGAGUUGGUGUCAGAAUUUCACCAGCAAUUGAUCAUCUUGAUGCUCUCGAUUCCAAUCCACUUGGCCUUGGUUUGGCAGUGAUAGAGAGGCUUAACAAGCUCCAACAAAACAAUGCAGCACAACUUGCUUAUCUCCACGUAACUCAGCCGCGGUACACAGCCUAUGGGCAGACAGAAUCAGGCAGACCCGGCACUGAAGAUGAGGAAACUCACUUGAUCAGAAGCAUGAGAAAAGCUUAUGAGGGAACAUUUAUGUGCAGUGGUGGGUUCACUAGGGAGCUCGGAAUGCAAGCUUUAGCAGAUGGUGAUGCUGAUUUGGUAUCCUAUGGUCGUCUUUUUAUCUCAAACCCAGAUUUGGUAUUGAGAUUUAAGCUGAAUGCACCAUUGAACAGGUAUAUUAGGAAGACUUUCUACACCCAGGACCCUGUUAUUGGGUACACAGAUUAUCCUUUCCUUAGCAAAGGAAGUGGAGAAUCAUUGUCACGCCUUUGAUUGGAUAUAUAUUAUAUGUAUAUAUAUUUUGGUAAUCCUUAAAUUAAGGACGUUGAGAAUCAUUAUCACGCUUUUGAUUGGAUAUAUAUUAUGUGUGUAUGUAUUUUGGUAAUCGUCAACUUAUGUUUGUAUCGUAUGUAUUCACCGAAAAAAAAAAAAAAAAAAAGUGUUUGUACCGAAUGUAGUAUGGCUAGAGUGGAACCUGGAACAGAUAGAAUAAUAAAUUCUGCCCAACAUUUAUUAA